CCCCCUCCUCUCUCGCUCUGUUCCUCUUUGCUCUUUCUCUCUCCCUCAUUGUCAUACAAACUGAGCUCUCUCAAACCUCUCCUCAUGGGCUCACUCAUGGUGAGAGCUGGGAAGAGCACUGGAGGGACUGGGCGAUCUAGACUUGUAUUUUCAACAGAAGGCACCGGAUAAAUCCCUCCUAGGGCUAAAUGGAAGCAUAAACACAGACUACAGACAAGAAGCGACCUUUCUCAGUGCGAUGGAAAAGACGCACGGUCAAGAGGUCAAGUUCAGGCUGGAUAUGGGCACGGCCCAUCCUGCACCCAGCAUCCCGAGCAGAGGACAGUGGUCCAGCAAAGUUGAGUUCCUCUUGGCGGUUGCAGGACAAAUCGUAGGCCUAGGAAAUGUGUGGAGGUUCCCUUACCUGUGCUACAAAAAUGGAGGAGGGGUGUUCUUCAUCCCUUAUGUCCUCUUCCUCUUCACCUGCGGCAUCCCCCUGUUUCUAAUGGAGACGUCUCUCGGCCAGUACACCAAACAGGGAACUAUUACCUGCUGGAGGAAAAUCUGUCCCCUUUUUGGAGGGAUCGGUUAUGGCAGUCUGGUGGUUGUUUUAUACUCCAGCAUCUAUUACAUCAUCAUAUUGGCCUGGGCUUUCCUGUAUCUCUUCUCCUCCUUCAGCACUGAACUUCCCUGGGCGAAUUGUAGAAACAGCUGGAACUCAGAGACCUGUGUGGAGUUUAAUCGAAGAGCAGAUGAUUUGAACUGGACUGUAGCUGAAAAUGCAACAUCACCAGUGAGGGAGUUUUGGGAGAGAAGAGUUUUGAAUGUCACAGGAAGCGUCCAUGAGUUAGGCGGCAUACGAUGGGAGCUGGCUCUGUGUCUUCUGUUGUCCUGGAUCAUCUGUUACUUUUGUGUCUGGAAAGGAGUAAAGUCCACUGGGAAGGUAGUUUACUUUACGGCCACAUUUCCAUACUUGAUGCUGGCGGUGUUGCUUGUUCGUGGAGUCACGUUGCCGGGGGCCUUAGACGGGAUCAAGUUUUACCUCUACCCAGAUCCAUCCCGCCUCACUGAUCCACAGGUGUGGAUGGAUGCUGGCACACAAAUCUUUUAUUCCUAUGCUAUUUGUAUUGGGUGUCUAACUGCACUUGGCAGUUAUAACAAAUACAACAACAACUGUUACAAGGACUGCAUGUACUUGUGCCUUCUGAACAGUGGGACCAGUUUUGUGGCUGGCUUUGCCAUCUUCUCUGCUCUUGGAUUCAUGGCAUAUGAGCAGAACACAGACAUAUCAAAAGUGGCAGAGUCGGGUCCCGGCUUGGCGUUCAUUGCCUAUCCUCGAGCAGUCGCCAUGAUGCCUUUUCCUCAGGUCUGGGCGAUAUUCUUUUUCAUUAUGAUCAUCCUACUGGGACUGGACAGUGAGUUUGUAGGUCUGGAAGCCAUCGUAACAGCGAUUUCUGACACGAAUCCUGCCUUCUUCCACGUUGGCCAUCGACGUAAACUUCUUCUACUUGCUAUCAGUGUUUUUAGCUUCUUCGUUGGCCUUGUGAUGGUUACAGAAGGCGGGCUGUACAUCUUCCAGUUGUUUGACUACUAUGCCUGCAGUGGAAUGACUCUACUUCUCUUUGCCAUAUUGCAGUCUGGUUGUAUUGGAUGGAUAUACGGUGUAGACCGGUUUUAUGCAAACAUAGAGGACAUGAUUGGAUACAAGCCUUUAGCCGUGAUUAAAUAUUGUCUGAAAUACGUCACUCCAGUAAUAUGCAUGGCAACAUUUGCUUUCUCCUUGGUCAAAUACACUCCUCUGAAGUUCAACAACACAAUUGCGUAUCCGUGGUGGGGUUAUGCUCUUGGCUGGUGGUUCACUCUCUCCUCUACUCUCAUGGUUCCUCUAUUUAUGUUGUACAAAGUGAGCACCACUCCUGGCACACUGCGACAGAGGAUCUCCAUCUUAUGUACUCCAGCUGAAGACCUGCCUUCGAACAAAUCAGAGAAGAAAGGACUUGAACUGCUCGACUUGACCUCUCCUGACAGCAUGGUGUCCUGUCCCUAGGACGAGCAAACUGGAGCAGCUUCAGAUAAACUGAGCAACGUGAGGCAAAAGGAAAAGCUUGCCCUCAAUCCAGAUCUCCCACUCCUUUUAAAGCAGUGGUUCCCAAUCUUUAUUUUUUAUGUUUGACCUCUUAAAACACAACAAUGUCUACUUGUUACCCGUCACUGGUUGCAUAUGCCGAAUACCGGUGGCAAACAGUUCAACCAAAGACAAAUUUUAGUUUGAAUACUUGUGCUAUUUGUGCCUUUUUUAUUGAAAGUGACAGAGAAAGUAUUGAAAGGGGAGAGAGAGAGGGCAGCAAAGGGCCACAGGUCCGAUUCAAACGGACUCAGUCUUUGUACAUGGGGCGCCCGCUCUACCAGGUGAGCUACAGCGGCACCCCAGUUUGAAUGCUUUUUAAAAGGCUUGAAAAUUAUCAAAUAACUCAUAAAAAAGCAAAGAAUAAAGGAAAAAAAACAUGAUUUGUGAAGCAGAAUUUUUUUUCUUCUUUCCUGUCCUGUUAAUGAUAAUCUAGUGGGGAUACCGAUCUCCUGGUUGGGAAUCACUGCACUAAAGGAAUGGCUUCAGAUGUAUCAUGAUUUCACUCCAUUAAGCAUUUCAAGUAGUAGUAGUAGUAGUCAGAAGUAUUUUCAAGAAUAUGAUAAGGAGAAUCUAAGCUCAAAGGUCCACUUACUGUUCAGGGAAUGUUUGUUUUCUCCUUCGUGUCUGAGCUGUCAGUCACAUUUCAUGGUCUUCAUUCCACAAAUGCAGCCGUCUAAGACGUCAUCACAACUCCCAUCGCUGACAGCACUAACAGUUAGCGAGCAGGGCUGCAACUAAUGAUUACUUUCAUUCUCAAUCGAUCUAUUGAAUUUUACACGAUUCAUUUUGUUUUUUAAAUGUCAGAAAAUAGUGACAAAUGCACAUCACAAUUUCCCAGAGUCAUGAGUUGGCCUCUUAAGAUGUCCUAAAGACAUUAAAUUUACAAUAAUAUAAAACCAGCACAAUUCAUUGGUUAUCGAUUAGUACUCUGUUGAUCAAUUGAGUCAUCUCUUAGUUGCGUCAGCUCUAUUAGCAAGUGGACCUUCAAACGUAUCGGUCAUGAAUGAACAGCCAAGCUGGAAUUCAAACUGAUAUUUUAAAUUGUUACGUAUGUAAAGAAAUUCUUUGAGAAUAUGUUUUUUUGUUUUGUUUUGUUUUAACCAUGUUUUAUAACUAUUUGGAGUAAAGUAACACAGAUAAACUCUUGCCAAAUAAGCCAUACAGAUUGAACACUUGAGUCACUUUUAGGUCACGGUGAGUGACGUAAAUUUAAUUUCAAAUUGUCAAUAUAACUAAAUAAAGCAGUGACAUGAAAGACGAAA